UAUUUAUCCGGAUGUGUUGUUGGGGCAUCACUUGAAAGCACAGGAGGAGAAGAAGAAGAAGAGGAGAAAGAAGAUGAAAAUAGUUCAGUUGCUGAAGUUUCUAGUAGGCCAAAAGAGGCAGUCUACCAAAUAGUGGGUACCCUUUCCAAACCAGAGAGUACUAAACCGUAUUUUGCAGAGGAAACCUAUGCAGUCUCUUCUCGAGAAGAGCUCUUAAGUCACUUGCUUGAGUGUGAGAUUGUUUUCUAUAAUAUCACUGAGGAUACAAAUCAAAUUGAGGAAGCAACAUGGGCUGCAUCCGCCCUACAUAUGGAAAUAGAGCAUUUUGCAACACCAAAGUUAUUCAUCCUCAUUUCAACAAUAAUGACCUGGGCAAAAAGCAAACUCCCUGAAGAUCCUGAGAUUCCUUUUACUGAUGAAGAUUAUCGCAGAAGAAAAUCUCAUCCUAACUUUAUUGAUCAUAUAAAUGCUGAAAAACUCAUUAUCAAACUUGGGAAAACUAACAAACACAAAUUUUCAACUUACGUUGUUGCCUCAGGACAUCAAUAUGGAGCUGGGGAAGGACUUUUGCACUACUUUUUUAAGAUAGGUUGGCUUAGUGAGAUUCCUGCAAUACCUGUUUUUGGAGAUGGAAACAAUUUUAUUCCAACCAUUCAUAUUCUUGAUUUAGCAGCAGUGUUACAAAAUGUAGCAGACCACAGGCCAAAGUCUCACUAUAUACUUGCAGUAGAUGGAUCUAUGCACACACUUCAAGAAUUAAUAAAGUGUAUCAGUAAAAAUGUUGGACCAGGAAAAAUUGAGAAGAUUCCAAAAGAAAAUGCAUUCCUGAGCAAAGAGUUAACACAAAUGCAGUUGGAUAUGUUGCUUGUGAACCUGCGAAUGGAAUCUAUGUUUCUGAAUGAGACUUUCAACAUUAAGUGGAUUGCUCAGUCAGGACUGGUGGAGAACAUUGAACAAAUCGUCAAGGAAUACAAGCAAAGUCGAGGAUUACUGCCGCUCAAAGUCUGCAUUCAUGGUCCUCCUGGGGUUGGCAAAUCUACCAUUGCUGAAGAGCUCUGCAAACACUACAAGCUACAUCACAUUAAGAUAAAUGACGUGAUUUCUGAAACAAUAGCAAAUCUGGAGAAAGUUGUAGCUCCUGAAGAAAUAGACUCUGACAGUGUGGGAGAAGAGGGACAAGAUGAUGAAGAGGAGGAGGGUAAAAAUGUCAAAGCAGCACAGGAGUUAUUAGCCGGAAUAAAAGAAAGCAUGGAACAGAAUGCAGGUCGUCUAGAUGACCAGUACGUUGUUAAACUUGUGAAGGAUAAGCUCAAAUCUAUGCCUUGUAGGAAUCAGGGAUAUGUUUUAGAUGGGUUCCCAGAGACCUACAAGCAGGCAACAGAUCUUUUUCAUUUGGAAAGUGAAGAUGAAGAAGAAAUAAAAGGCAAAAUACCUAAAUGUGAUGAAUUAAUCACACCUGAAUUUGUUAUUUCUUUGACUGCAUCGGAUGAAUUCCUUAUAAACAGAAUAAUAAAUCUGCCAGAGAGAAUUGUUGCUGGAACUCAUUAUACGCAGGACCAGUUCCCACAAUCUCUUAAUCUCUUCAGGGAGUUAAACACAGACGAUGAGACUGUUCUCAACUAUUUUGAUGAACUUGAAAUACAUCCUCAGUUUAUUGAUGUAGCCAAAUUUGAAGAUCCUGAAAACAGAUUUAUUGUAAAGGAGAUCAUCAAAGAAAUUGGGGAACCUCAGAAUUAUGGUUUGACAGAUGAAGAAAAACAGAAUUUGGAACGCAAAGCAGCUGAGGAAUGCCUUGUCAGAGAAGCUCAAGAAAAAGCUGAACGAGAGCGUCAAGAAGCUGAGGAAAGGACUGAAAGGAUGGCAAAUUGGGAAGAGUGGAAUAAACAUCGGGAGGAAGUGAAAAGACAAGAACAAGAGUUAUUAGAGGCCCAGUCCAUUCCUCUACGAAACUAUUUAAUGAAGAAUGUCAUGCCAACGCUUAUGCAAGGGAUAAAUGAAUGCUGUAGGAUCAGGCCAGAUGAUCCAGUAGAUUUUCUGGCAGAAUAUCUCUUCAAGAACAGUCCUGAUAUUGAAUGA